UAGUGUGUUUCCAUACGGCUGUUGUCGGCUGUCUCUGUUGCUCUCGUUCAUUCGCCCUUAUUAAUUUGCUAAGUCUUUAAAUCUCCUUCAGGUAUCCCUACAAACACAAGAUGGGUAGGGAAGACAAAGCAUCAUGGAAGUCAAACUACUUCGUAAAACUCAUUCAACUUUUGGAUGAAUAUCCAAAGUGUUUUAUUGUUGGGGCUGACAAUGUCGGAUCAAAGCAAAUGCAGCAAAUCCGUAUGUCUCUUCGUGGUCAAGGUGUUGUCCUUAUGGGAAAAAACACCAUGAUGCGUAAAGCAAUCAAGGGACAUGUUGAAAGAAAUGCUCAUCUUGAACGUAUCCUUCCUCACAUCAAAGGAAACGUUGGUUUUGUUUUUACUCGUGGAGAUCUUGUUGAAAUCCGUGAUAAACUUGUUGAAAACAAAGUACGUGCCCCAGCACGUAAUGGAGCAAUUGCACCAUUGAGUGUUAUCAUUCCAGCUCAAAAUACUGGUCUUGGUCCAGAAAAAACAUCUUUCUUCCAAGCUCUUAGUAUUCCAACAAAAAUUUCAAAGGGUACAAUUGAAAUCAUCAAUGAUAUUCAUAUUUUGAAACCUGGUGAUAAAGUUGGUGCAUCAGAAGCAACACUUCUUAAUAUGUUGAACAUUUCUCCAUUUUCAUAUGGUCUUCUUGUUCAACAAGUUUAUGAUUCUGGUACUAUUUUUGCACCAGAAAUUUUGGAUAUUAAACCAGAAGAUCUUAGAGCUAAAUUCAUGGCUGGUGUUGCUAACUUGGCAUCAGUAUGUUUGGCUAUUGGUUAUCCAACUGUUGCCAGUGCACCACACAGUGUUGCUAAUGGAUUCAAAAAUCUUUUGGCAAUUGCUGCUGUCACUGAUGUUGAAUUUGCUGAAGCAACAACAAUCAAGGAAUACAUCAAGGAUCCAAGUAAAUUCGCUGUUGCUGCUGCCAGUGCACCAGCUGCCGCUGCUGCUGCUCCAGUUGCUGAAAAGAAAGAAGAGAAAAAAGAGGAAUCCGAAGAAGAAGAUGAUGACAUGGGAUUCGGUCUUUUUGAUUAAAUAAUCAUGUUUCUUUCAAGAUAUUUCUGCUGAUGCUAUCCGGCGUGAUGCUAAAAUAAAAUAAAAAAUUUAAAACCAAUAA